AUGGACUCAACAUACAUGGGACCAACUUCGGUCCAAGGCCAGCCUUCAUUCGCAUACUAUGCCGACUCACAGAGACAAGGUCACUAUCAGUCCGAUAUCCCAUACUACAGCCAAAUGCAGUAUGGAGCGCAAGAACAGCCACUUUACUCUCAGCCUAUGAUGAACAUGCACCAGAUGGCCACAACCAAUGCCUUCCGGGGUGCCACUAUGAGCUUGACUCCCAUUGCGUCUCCUCAACCAUCGCAAAUGAAACCGUCCAUUAUUGUGCAACAGGGUUCUCCUGCCUUGAUGCCUUUGGACACUCGGUUUAUUGGUCCUGAUAUGUACUCGUUCCCUUCGACUCCUCCGCUCUCGGCUUCGGGAAGCACCAUCAGUAGCCCUCCUUCUGCCCAUGGUGCACUACCAACCCCGGUCCAUGACUCAUUCUUCCACUUUGACAAGGUGGAGGGUGUCAAGGAGGGAUGCGAGACCGAUGUUCACCAAGAAAUUCUGGCCCACCCCGAGUGGGCUCGUUCCGAUUCGCCCCCGAUGACGCCUGUCUUCAUUCACCCCCCUUCUCUCACUCACAUCCAGACCUCGGAUCUACUCUCUGCGACUGCCUGCCCCUCGCUUUCCCCCUCCCCCUCUCCAGUCCCCACCGACAUUCUGGCCUCUCAGCCUAUUGGGUCCGGCCAGUCUUUCUGCGAUCCCCGCCAACUCACCGUUGAGCCCUCUGCCAAUGCUCACACCCAGGAUCUCCCUCCUCUGCCCACUCUCUCUUGUGAGGAGGAGCAGCCUCGCGCCGUUGUCGGUAGUGCGUCUGUGACGCUUCCCGUCAACGAGAACCCAUCUCCCUCGUUCAGCUCUUCGACCCAGGACCCUCUGAGCUCUCUGCCGACUUUCGACAGCUUCUCGGACCUCGACUCGGACGAUGAGCUGAACCGCCUGGUGGAAUUCCACCCGGCCACUAAUGCCAUUUACAUGGGUGACAAGCGCCAGCGUGUACACGCUUACCCGGUCGAGGACGAUGGGUUCCUCAGCGAGCACAGUCUCGAGGAUUCAGACGAUUCGGAGACCUUCAUGCACAACGGUCUACCCGCUUACGAGCCCAACGGUCUGCCCUCUUUCGAGUGGACCCCGACGGUCCAGGUCGACACCGAGGACGAUCAUGCCCAGCCCAAGACCAAGAAGCGCAGCAACCGCAAGUCCCGCAAGAUCGCCGCCGACGCAGCGGCCGAAGCGAAGGCGCUGGCCGCCUGCGAGUCUUCCGGAGACUGCUGCUCCGACGAUGGGUCCAUGGAUGACUCCGAGUCCGCCCCCGUCUCGGUCAACCGCCGCGGCCGCAAGCAGUCUCUGACCGAGGAUCCCUCCAAGACCUUCGUCUGCACACUUUGCUCGCGUCGCUUCCGUCGCCAGGAACACCUCAAGCGCCACUACCGCUCUCUCCACACCCAGGACAAGCCGUUCGAGUGCCACGAGUGCGGAAAGAAGUUCUCCCGCAGUGAUAAUCUCGCUCAGCACGCCCGCACCCACGGCGGUGGCUCCAUCGUGAUGGGAGUUCUGGACACCAGCGAUGCAGGCUCUGUUUCCUUCGAUGAUCAACAUGACGCCGGGGCCCUCGGCCAAGUCAUGUACGAGGCAGCUCAAACUGGAGUUGCGGUUGCUCCCUCUGUUGACCGCCGAGCGACCAAGAAGCGCAAGCGUGACCUGUAA